UAUACCCUAUCUAUGCAACCUGGAACGUGCCAGAGCGUCCGACGUAGCCUACUACCCAGCGUGGUGUAGCCAGCUAACUUGUGUGCGUUGAAAUCGCUGCUGAAAUGUUUUUGAACUAAAAUAUAUUUGAAAAGGAGCCAUUUGAAGAUACUACAGUACCUCUGGCAGAGUCAUGGCAGAAGCUCACCAGGCUGUGGCGUUCCAGUUCACCGUCUCUCCAGAUGGCAUUGAUCUGCAGUUGAGCCACGAGGCCCUGAGACAAAUCUACCUGUCUGGCCUGCAUUCCUGGAAGAAAAAGUUUAUCCGCUUCAAGAAUGGGGUGAUGACUGGGGUGUACCCUGGCAGUCCCACCGGCCUGAUGUUAGUGGUGGGGCUGUACAUGGGGAGGGCAAAGUACGUCCAAGCUGACCCUUCCUUGGCACUGUUCACCAAAGUGGGUGCUCACCUGCCUGUUAGUCGCUAUAUGUCCUUUGAGAAGCAGCAGGUGGUUGGCGGGGUGCUAGUUGGCACAGGGCUCUGGGUGGCUAUUUUUUUCACCAUGCGAACUGCACUCAAGUGGCUGCUCUCCUGGCAUGGAUGGAUGUAUGCCCGUCACGGCACCGUGCCAUGGAGAACACGCAUCUGGCUGGUCCUGGUGAAAAUCUUCUCCGGCAGGCGGAAUCCCCAGUUGUACAGCUUCCAGACAUCGUUACCACAGCUCCCUCUGCCCUCGGUGAAAGACACCAUCAAUAGAUACCUUGAAUCUGCCCGUCCGCUCAUGGACGACGAACAGUACUUGAGGAUGGAGGUUCUUGCCCAAGAUUUUGAGAAAGGCCUGGGUCCUAAACUUCAGUGGUACCUGAAACUCAAAUCCUGGUGGGCUACAAACUAUGUCAGUGACUGGUGGAGGAGUACAUCUACCUAAGAGGCCGUGGACCAAUCAUGGUCAACAGCAACUACUAUGCAAUGGUAAGAGUCAGAA